GAGGUGACCUUCAUUUCCAAUUCCAACCUUGACACAGAAUAAUGAUUUGAUAUUUUGAUUUUAAUUUAAUUUUGGUAAAAAUAAUUAAAAAAGAAGCUGAAGCGAAACGAAAGUCUUUCAUCAACUAACUCAACUCUAUGACCCAAACGAAUCCCUUAUUUCACAGAGCACGUGCAUCUCCACUCUCUCUCUCUGGUAUGCUCAAAAUCAAGAAAAUACAAUUACAAAAAAAAAAAAAAAAAAAAAACCCAAAUAAGCUUUCCCUCUCUCAUUCUCCAUUUUCUCUCUCUAUAACACUCUUUCCAGAAUCCCCAAGCCAAGCUAGAGAGAGAGAGAGAGGAGGGAGAAAGCACAACGAAAGCUCCAUGUGACGUAGAGUGAGCGUGCGAUCGAUCCCAAAUGCACCCAUAUAAUCGGCUGCCGAGCAGUGGCCACACCACACCUUCGCCGCCACAGUCGCCGAUACGGUCGCCUCGCUUGCGCCACGGUCGGUCUAAGACCGGUCGGUUUAACCCGCCUGGUCGGAGCUUGCUCCAGCGAUUCACCUGGCACAUUCUCUCUGUACUUAUUCGCCGUCAGGGAGUUUUUCUCUUCGCUCCGCUUCUUUACAUCUCUGGCAUGUUGUUAUACAUGGGUUCUGUCUCGUUUGACGUUGUUCCGGUCAUCAAGCAUCGACCCGCCCCUGGUUCUUUGUAUCGCAGCCCCCAGCUUUAUGCCAAGCUCCGACCCGAGAUGGAUGCUGAUAAUACUUCUACCGAUGCGAUCUCAACUAUAUGGAAACAUUCCUAUAAAAGUGGCGAGUGGAAACCUUGUACAAACAGAUCUUCUGGAGGUUUCCCUGAUUCGAAUGGUUACAUAUAUGUUGAGGCAAAUGGUGGCCUAAAUCAGCAAAGGACUUCGAUCUGCAAUGCUGUUGCUGUGGCGGGAUAUCUUAAUGCAACACUUGUUAUUCCCAACUUUCAUUAUCAUAGCAUCUGGAGAGAUCCUAGCAAAUUCGGAGAUAUUUAUGAUGAAGAUUAUUUCAUCCAUGCCUUGGAAAAUGAUGUGCAAGUGGUUGACAAGAUUCCUGAGUACAUAAUGGAUAGAUUUGACCACAACAUGAGUAAUGUUUACAACUUCAGAAUAAAAGCUUUCUCACCUGUUCAGUAUUACAGGGACGUGGUUCUCCCAAGAUUACUUGAAGAAAAGGUCAUUCGUAUUUCUCCUUUUGCAAAUCGACUGUCGUUUGAUGCUCCUCCUGCUGUUCAACGACUCAGAUGCUUAGCAAAUUAUGAAGCUUUAAGGUUUGCGAGUCCUAUAUUGACUCUAGGAGAAGCUUUGGUUGCUAGGAUGAAAGAACGUAGUGCAAAAUAUGGUGGCAAGUACAUUUCUGUGCAUCUUCGCUUUGAGGAGGAUAUGGUUGCAUUCUCUUGUUGUGUGUUUGAUGGAGGAGAGCAAGAAAGGGAAGAUAUGGAAGCAGCAAGGGAAAGAGGUUGGAAGGGAAAAUUUACUAAACCUGGCCGGGUUAUCCGUCCUGGAGCUAUCAGAAUCAAUGGAAAGUGUCCGCUUACUCCAUUGGAGGUUGGAUUGAUGCUUCGUGGAAUGGGCUUUGAUAAAAGCACAUUUAUCUACUUGGCAUCUGGAAAUAUAUACAAUUCUGGAAAAACCAUGGCCCCACUUUUGGAAAUGUUCCCAAAUUUGCGUACCAAAAAUAUGCUGACGUCUGAGGAGGAACUUGCUCCAUUCAAGAAUUAUUCUUCCAGGAUGGCUGCCUUAGACUACACUGUUUGUCUUCACAGUGAGGUAUUUGUGACAACACAAGGAGGAAACUUUCCUCAUUUUUUGAUGGGCCACCGAAGAUACUUGUAUGGUGGACACUCUAAGACCAUCAGGCCUGACAAACGAAAGUUGGCAUUACUCUUUGAUAAUCCAAGUAUUGGAUGGAAAAGUUUCAAGCGCCAAAUGCUGAGUAUGCGUUCUCACAGUGAUUCAAAGGGAUUCGAGAUGAAAAGACCCAAUGAUUCCAUAUAUACCUUUCCUUGCCCAGAUUGUAUGUGCCGUACAAACAAGACAGAAGAUUCAAAGCAGUCAUCGCCGUGAUUUGCAUGCAGAUUACUCUGAUGAUGGAAUUUCCUUGCACCCAGUUUUGAUCGCUGUUUAUUACUGACCCCCUUUUACGCGUUGGAAUUCUUUCAUUUUUUCCCCCUUCCAUAGGUGGGGAGGGCAUACCCUCAAUUUUGGGUGCUAUGAGGAUUUUGUUCGAGGUCAUAUUGAUCUGAUUUCUUUCCCGGGACUGGAUUGUUGCAUAGGAUACUGGAGAAGAACAGAGCAACUAUCCAUCAAUCAUUCCAUUCCAGAAGUUUCCCGGGGUUGACUAAAAGCAAUUGUUUUUAAAUUUAAAGGCGCAGCUGCUGUAACUAACAAGCUGCAAAUUGACACAUCACAUUUCUUCACACUCUGGUUUCUGAUCUCUGCAGGUUAGGUUUGAUAUCUGCUUGUUCAAGUAGAUUCUAAGUUGAACUUUUGUAAACAUUCUCUUUGGUCCCAGGGUAUUCAUUUUUUUUUCCUCUUACACCAUUUUUGUACACACUCAUUGGUUCCUUACCUCAACAACUACACCUCCUGGUUGUCUUCACAUUAAAUAUAGGAAUUGUCUUUUUAUUUUAUUUAAUUUUUUUAUUGAGGGCAUUGAAUGUAAUUAUAAUUGGCUGCAAUGUAUAUGUUUCAUCCAUUGUGUAAUAGGGCUUGUUACGUUA